AUGGAGCCUAUAGUGACGAUAGACAACGGACAAGUACUGGCUUCAACAGAAAUCAAUUCCGAACCAUCAGAAGAUAUCGUUCUUCUUCCACGAAAUUCAUCUUCUAUUAAACGUCAAAGAAGUAUUGAAUAUGCGAAUGGUGAUGAUCAUAAGUGGAAAGCUGCUCCUUCAGCAUUUUCAAUUGAAGGAAUAACUGCUUGUCGUCGUGGUAAACGAGUUGAAGAUGAAAAAUUACCAAAGAAAGUUCGGAGUUUCUACAAAAAACAAGACAAACUUAUUUCAACAUUGGAACGUCUACAUCGUCUUAAUUCGCGUAAAGAUAGUGAUAAUGAAAUUGAAGAUGGAGAAGGUGGAAAAAAUAAUAAAAAAUCUAAAGACGAUCUAAAACUAAAGCGAAAACGUAUUAGUCUUUAUACAAACAUAUCAUUAUUAGUCAAUGUCUUUCUUCUCAUAGUCAAAAUUAUCGCUGCAUAUACUUCACAUUCAUUAUCAGUCAUUUCAUCAGUUGUCGACAGUGGUGUUGAUCUAGCAUCAAGUUUAAUUCUUUUUUGGGCUACACGUGCAAUUAAACGACGUGAUCCAUUUAUGUAUCCACAAGGUCGAACACGUCUCGAACCAAUAUCUAUUGUUAUUCUUUCGGUCAUCAUGUGUUCGGCAAGUAUUCAAGUAAUAUCAGAAUCAUUACAAACAACUGUUAAUGAUAUUAAAAUGCUUCAAAAAUAUCCAUCAAAUAGUUCUUCAUAUGUACAUCCAAUUAAUAUGACAACAUUGCCAGUGACUAUUAUGUGUAUCACUAUUGUAUGCAAAUUGCUUCUCUUCAUAUUAUGUUCUCGUGAAAGUAGUGAAACAUUAAAUGCUUUAGCACAAGAUCAUCGAAAUGAUGUUUUUUCAAAUUCUGUUGCUCUUAUUUGUGGUACUUUUGGUUUUCUUGCAAGAAGAAAUCCCAUUCUAUUUCCUGUAUCUUUGGUAUUAGCAGAUUCAAUCGGUGCUAUUGUUAUUUCAAUUUAUAUUUUGAUAACUUGGAUUCGUCAAGCAAAUCAACAAAUUAAACAUUUAACUGGACAUACAGCAAAUCCAGAAUUUCUUAAACAAAUAACAUGGAUUGCAUUUAAUCAUUCACCAUCAAUUUUAAAACUCGAUACAGUUCGAGCAUUUCAUUUUGGCACAUAUUUUCUUGUCGAAGUAGAUAUUGUUCUGCCGGAAGAUAUGUCACUCAAAGAAGCACAUGAUAUUGGUGAAGAAUUACAAAAGAAAAUUGAAAGUAUUCCUGAAGUGGAACGAGCAUUUGUGCAUCUUGAUUAUGAAUUCAAUCAUAAAGCUAGUGAUGAACAUAAAAUUGUUUAA